UUAAUGUUUACAGUCAAGGGAGGAACAACGUGGAGAGAAUUAUUUAACUAUUUUAUUAUUAUCAUUUUAGGUGUUCCCUCAUCCUCCUCACCACAAUGAAAACUGAUCAGAAAAAUAAACCUUUCAAACAUAACAAAAAAUGGAAACCGAAACACCAUAAAAAUAAUCAAUUAAGACCAACAAAUAGACAGAACAAGUUACACAUAAAGUUUGAUCCAGAUGACAGAAGGGAAUAUCUCACAGGGUUCCAGAAGAGGAAGCGAGAGAGACGUGAAAAAGCCCAUAAAAAGAUUGAAGAUGACCUUAAAAUGGAAAUGAAGAAAAUCAGAAAAGAUCGGGUUCAGUUAGUCAAGAAAAUGGUUUAUCAGAAUGAAGAAGUGCCAGAAAGUGAUAAUGAUAAGGAGGAGGAGAGUGAAGAUGAGAAUGUAACUGUUACAAACUGUGGCAAUGCAACUGUUGAAAUAUCUGGGAUUGAUUUGAUCUCUUCCCAGUACCAUAUUGGCACCAAUCAGAUGGACAUAGGUAGUACAAACAUUGAAUCAGCCAGAAAGAAGAGAACCACACUUGAGGAAGGUUCUGGGGAUGAGGAAGAGGAGAUAAAUCAAGAGAAGUUAACUGAGCUUGGCAUUCAUUGUAAGAAAGAUCUGUAUCGCUCUCUCAAGAAGAGCACAUUCCAGAUCAUGAAGAAAAGCAAAUUGAUGAAGAUGAAGCAGGCUAGAGAUGCAAAAAAGCAGAAAAAGGCACAAGCAAGGGUGAAUAAUCACAAAAGAAAGUUGAGAAAUAAGAAGAUGAAGCGCAGACAGACACCAUUCAAGGAACAAGAGGCUUAAUGUCUGAGCUUUGUAUUUGUUUUUUUUAUUAUUAUGUAUAGUACAGUAUAUACUACAGCAUAGAAUGAUUAUAGCUUAAGUAAACCAGAGAUGUUUUUGAGAAGUAAUAAAAGAAACCGACUUUUGUA